AAGGGGGAAGAAGCUCUUGGCAGUGUUGGUGUUGCUGCGGUGUGAUGAGGUGAACAGCUGUUACUGGAAUCUCUGGGCCGAAUCUGGAACUCAUUGUAACAAUUUCGGGAUGAGUCUCUGGGUUUUCACUGCUCAGCUCAGGGUGCGGGCACUCUCUAGGUCACAGAUUGUACAAAAACAUAUGAUGUCUACAAAUGCCAAUCUGGAAAAGGAAGUGCACUUGACAAAGUCUGGAUGUGCUGGAAUAAUCACACUAAAUCGGCCAAAGGCCCUUAAUGCUCUGAAUCUUUCUAUGAUUAGACAGAUCUAUCCUCAGCUUAAGAAAUGGGAGCAAGACAAUGAAACCUCAUUAGUGAUCAUUAAAGGAGCUGGAGAAAAGGCUUUCUGUGCUGGUGGUGAUAUUAGAGCUGUUACGGAGGCAGGAAAAGUUGGAGACAGAUUGGCAGAAGAUUUCUUCAAGGAAGAGUAUAUUCUAAAUAAUGCAAUUGGAAACUGCCAGAUUCCAUACGUAGCCCUUAUUGAUGGAAUAACAAUGGGUGGGGGUGUUGGCUUGUCAGUGCAUGGGCAUUUCCGGGUUGCAACAGAGAAAACACUAUUUGCUAUGCCAGAAACAGGAAUAGGUCUGUUUCCAGAUGUAGGAGGUGGUUUUUUCUUGCCAAGACUGGAAGGGAAACUUGGCUUGUACCUUGCCUUAACAGGAUUUAGAAUUAAAGGAAGAAAUGUGCAUCAAGCUGGAAUUGCUACUCAUUUUGUGAACUCUGAAAAGAUCCCAGAUCUGGAGAGAGAUUUGGUGUCUUUAAAAUCUCCUUCUGAGGAAGACGUUGCAGAUCUGUUAAAUUCAUAUCACUUCAAGUGCAAAGCUGAUGAUAAAUUUGUCCUGGCAGAGCAUGUGGACAAGAUUAAUAGACUAUUUAAAACCAACAGUGUAGAAGAAAUACUACAAAACCUGAAGCAAGAUGGUAGUCGAUUUGCACUUCAACACCUGGAGACACUGAAGAAAAUGUCUCCCACAUCCAUGAAGAUUACUUUUCAACAGCUUGAAGAGGGGGCCACAAAGAACCUGUCAGAAGUUUUAGUUAUGGAAUACAGACUUAGCCAAGCUUGUAUGAGAGGCCAUGAUUUCUAUGAAGGUGUGCGUGCAGUUCUGAUUGACAAGGAUCAGAGCCCAAAGUGGAAACCAGCAACCCUAGAAGAAGUGACGGAGGAGUAUCUGAAGAGUUGUUUUAAGUCACUUGGAAACAAAGAACUCAAAUUGUAAUUUUUUAAAAUUGUUUCAUGGGAUGUGGGCAUCGUUGGCAAGGCCAGCAUUUGUUGCCCUUCUCUAAUUGCCCUUGAGAACGUCAUGAUGAAAUGGAUGAAUGAAUUAAGAAUUGAAAAAGAAAAUUAUGAAUGGGCUUCAAAUCUGUUUACUUUCUCUUCAUUAAAUUACCAUACUUAUUGGCGUUUGACGUUGACAAAUGACACUUUUGUAUUACAAGUAUAAUAAAUAUACCAAAACACUAUUGUUCUUUUGGUUGGGCACAGGUAUCAGCUACCAAUUUUUAACAACAGCUUGUAUUUAUGUGGUGCCAUUAAUUUAGAAAACAUACCAAGUCACUUCACAGAGUUAAAAAGAAAAUGACUGCAAAAACGUAGAUAUUAGAUGGAUUGACUAAAAGCUUGGUCAGAGAGAGAGAAGUUUUAAUGAGGGUGUUGGAGUAUGAGAAGGAUUUAGGGAGGGAAUUUCAGAACAUGCAGUUUCAUGCGGCCGAAAGUAUAGCUGCCAAUGGUGCGUAGACAAAACUUAGGGAGAGGAAGGUGAGGGUGCACAGUGGUGGUGCAGCAGAGUGCUCAGAGAGGUUGAAGUCAGAGGAAUGGAAUGUUUGGGAGGGGUCGUUUCUGUAGGACUGGAAUUGGUAGCAGAGAUGGGGAGGACAAGAUCGUGACAUUUUUAAACAACACUUUUGGGGAUCUGGAAGCAGCAUAUGUUAGCAUGGGGAGUGGAUAAUGGGUAAAUGGGGAUUGAGACAGGAUAGGAUGCAGGUGACAGUGCUCUGGAUGGACUGAAAUUUACAGAGAAUGGAAGGCCAACCUGGAGAGCAUUGUAAUAGUCAAGUCUUCUUCAAACUAUUUGGGUGGACAGAUUUAGGUGUAAGCAUUUCAUGUUGCUUGAACCUGUUUAUAAUUUUGAGUUUUAAAGAAACUGAUACAGAUUUUUAUAGGAAAAAACUGGUAAGCAAAUAUUCGCUAAAAAUGAGAUUCAGUGAAGAAGCUAUCAAAGAAGAUGGGGUUAUUUAUGUAACAUUUGUAAUGAUGAAUUUGUAUCUGUUAUGAGGUGUGAAACCAUGUCAUCAUCAAUAAAAUUUACUGAUGCACUAGUAAAA